AUGCCCGAUCACAACACAAUCGUUUUGAGUGAGGCGGAGUGCAGUGUAGGACUAUCGGAGGCCCAUCUACAACAGGCGCGUGAGCUUCACAGCAAAUGGGGAUAUGUCACAUUGCAGAAUAUCUGGACGGUGAGCGGCAGCGAGGAUAUUGAGCGACGGACUGCUCAGGUGCUGUAUUCGUUACCACAAGAUGGUGGUUAUAUUCAUAUUAAGCGAAGGAGUCUCCUACCACAGGAAAUUGCAAGCAAGAGGGUCAGGAGGAUAUCGGCUACAUCAAGUAUGAUUCAAGCUCAAAAACUGCGGGUUCUUGACUUCAUUGUGCAAGGUUGUUUCCCUCGAGCUAAAUUGCUUCAAUUAUACGCGCGAAACGCAACAAGAACAGACACUCUAUCCAUCAAAGACGAGAAAGCAAUUGCAGGACUUCUCUUUCAGAUAGUCGUUCCUCUGCGACGGCCAAGCCCCGUCCUCAGACUGCAAGAUGAAGGCGGAUUUGAGUUAGCAGGGCAUGGAAAUGUUGUUGUCAGAGAUCGCGAAGCAAGCCUAACCAUUACCGUCGAUUCAAAGGAUUACGCCAUCGUUACACUGGACUAUGACAUGCUGGACGGAUGA